AUGGAGACACUGGCCAAGCCCUGUAGUGGGUUGUCUCUCGCUGCAGUCUCCCUUGCUCAGCAGCUGAAGGGACCGGAGUGGAGAGACUUCUGGCAUGAGUAUGAUUGGAGUGCCAACGGGGAGCAGCGAGAGGACGGGACGGUGGGAAUGCAGACAGGGUCAGAUGAUGUAGUUCACAUGAUACUGGGUGUGGCCACAGGGUCAGAGGGUGUAACCAGAGGGUCAGAGGGCAGUGUGGUCCUGGGUCUAACAGUGAGUGUUAGCAGGGAGAGUUCUCUGGAGAUGGAUCCCGGUCUCCUGGAGGUCUCCGUCCUGACUGAGCAGCAGAAGCUACGCCAUGUGUUGGACUGGGCUAAGAAUUUCCUCGGGACCAGUCAGGAUGGGCACAAUCUCAGCAGAACCUCCCCUUCCUCCCCGCAUUUGCACUCUACUUCAGCAGCGCAUCGACUCGAGGUCGGUGGAAGAGCUGCUGUCUCCCCCCUUGGAACCUUUCACAAUCUUGUCAGAAGCAGAAAUGUGAGAGAAAACAUGGUAGGCCAAUCAGAGCCUCUGACCAGGCUUCCAUACACCACCCCACUGCCCUGCCACACUCUCUCCCACACCCCAGGUGGCCGUGAGUUUUCUGGGCCUGAGUUUAAAGAGAAUCCUAGGCAUAAGGAGCUGGUCCUGUUCUCUGGCCCACAAGAGGAUAACAAUGACCAACCACGUUUCCUUGGUGUAGACAACCCUCAGGCAGACCAGACUCCCCACAAACCAAUAGCUCCUCAUCCUGAGGGGAGAGAUGGUGUUUCCAUCAGUGAGAGCCUAAGAGACAGAGACAGUAGCGUUACAAACUGUUGCUCCUCAGGGGACAGUGACACUAUCCUACGGUUGCCUGGAUAUGGUCCUUUAUCCAGAGCCCAUGACCUCAUAUCAAGGGAAGGGGGUUGUGGAGAGAGAGAGGACAGAGUUUUGGGAAUGCAGGAACAGAAAGAGGAGAAGGCGGUGGCGGAGGAGGAGGACCCAAAAACAGGCCUUGAGGGAACCAGUAGUAUCAUACCUUAUGGAUCCUCUAGGGUCACACUAGAGGGUGAACAUCUAGAUUGGGGAGCCAACGGCUGGGUGUCAGAGGGCCUGAGUGUGUAUGAGGAGUAUCUGCUGUGUGUGUCCCGUUUGGACCACCUCAGAACAGAGCAGAACCAAGCACCUGCAGACGUCAUGACCCUACCUGCUGACGUCAUGACCCUGCCUGCUGACGUCAUGACCCUACCUGCUGACGUCAUGACCCUACCUGCUGAUGUCAUGACCCUACCAGCUGACGUCAUGACCCUGCCUGCUGACGUCAUGACCCUGCCUGCUGACGUCAUGACCCUGCCUGCUGACGUCAUGACCCUACCUGCUGACGUCAUGACCCUACCUGCUGACGUCAUGACCCUACCUGCUGACGUCAUGACCCUGCCUGCUGACGUCAUGACCCUGCCUGCUGACGUCAUGACCCUACCUGCUGACGUCAUGACCCUGCCUGCUGACGUCAUGACCCUACCUGCUGACGUCAUGACCCUGCCUGCUGACAUCAUGACCCUACCUGCUGACGUCAUGACCCUACCUGCUGACGUCAUGACCCUACCUGCUGACCAAACGGCUGACCACUCCGAGCAACCUCUGAGUGCUGAGCUGGUGGUUGCUAAGCAACAUGUCCAUCAGGACAUCCACAACGAGGGGAGGCGUGCACCAUUCAAGAGUUCAGAAGUGAAGAACAGUAGAGUGAUGCAGCCCAAGAGCAGCGGAGGUCAACCUGGUGUCAGGAGUCAGGCUCGUGUCAGAGGUCGCGGUCAUUCCUGGAGGUUCUGGGAAAGGUCAAGCCUCUCCUGGUCAUCCUUCACUCAUGGAGAAGUGCUGCCACGGUAACAUCUUUCAUGAGAAGAGCUGCCACGGUAACAUCUUUCAUGAGAAGAGCUGCCAUGGUAACAUCUAUCAUGAGAAGAGCUGCCAUGGUAACAUCUAUCAUGAGAAAUGCUGCCACGGUAAAGUCUAUCAUGAGAAGAGCUGCCACGGUAACAUCUAUCAUGAGAAGAGCUGCCACGGUAACAUCUUUCAUGAGAAAAGCGUCUGCGAAAUGGCAUAACACUAUUUUUUUGUAAAAAAUGUAAGUGAGUACCGGCACUUUUUUAAUUCCACAAAAAACACUGGAAGCUGCCCUGUGGCAAGUCACACUCAAAGGGAGUCACACUGCCCUCUGUAGUCUAUCAGCGGGACUGCACCUGCACUCAGAAAGACAUCAGCAUGCGUGGUGUAUUCAUUAGUGUAUAAAACCUGAAGAACAUACACACAUCCAGGUACUUUCCACAGGUGCUGGAGUUGUAGGCUCAUGGAAAACAGAAAGGAAAACGCCACACUGCUGCUCGUGCUCCCAGGUCAUAUUUAUUUACAACAUUUCGACCCUUAGGUCUUCAUCAGGCAUCCAUAUCCCAGGUUGGGGUGGAAGGUCCUACAUAUAGGGGCAGUACUCAUUAGUGCACACCAUAGUAAAGCGUAGCAAAACAUUUUGCAACAGACAAAGUUUUGCAGUGAUAAUGGGCAUUGGGGCAGCAGGUAACCUAGUGGUUAGUGUUGGACUAGUAACUGGAAGGUUACAAGAUCGAAUCCCCGAGCUGGUAAAAGGUACAAAUCUGUCAUUCUGCCCCUGAACAAGGCAGUUAACCCACUGUUCCUAGGCUGUCGUUGAAAAUAAGAAUUUGUUCUUAACUGAUUUGCCUAGUUAGAUCAAAUUAAAAAAUUGUUAUUGGAGAAGUUCAGGUUAGUCUCUCCCUAUUUUCACCCGUUUGCUUCCAUUUAGUUCCUAGUUAAUAGCCUGACCUCUAGAGAUUGUAUUUAUUUUUAUUUAACCUUUAUUUAACUAGGCAAGUCAGUUAAGAACAAAUUAUUAUUUACAAUGACGGCCUACCAAAAGGCAGAAGGCCUCCUGCAGGGACGGGGGCUGGGAUUAAAAUAUAUAUAUAUAUAUAGGACAAAUCACACAUCACGACAAGAGAGACAACACAACUUUACAUAAUACUGUAACCAGACAGAUUAGAUGAACUGUCACUGACAUCUCCCUCCUUUUGGCUGCAGGUCCCAGCUCCCCAACAGACUCCACUCAGCAGGUGUAGUGUCCUGUUCUGGACUCAGACCACCAA